UUAAGUGAGUGAACUAAAAAAAAACAUGUGCAACGCAGUGAACGUCAACUGAAACCCCCGUCCAGAAAAUGGCCACAUCCGGGACUCCCCAGUCCCCGCCGGAAAUAACCGCCGAAUGGACGGUCCACGCCCAGUUGACCCUGUCCCACCAGGGUAGCAGUUCCAACUGUGAUAAACCAGCCGCCAAUCCGGAAGAUCCCGCCAAAAACGACGCAAAUGAGUCAGACCUGUCCAGCAGGCCUUCGGGACCGGCACCGGUAAAGGUGGUCUAUAAAUUUAGCACCGCCGACUCGGCCGCCGAAGGAAGCUGCUGUAAUAAUUCUCCAAAUGCCAAGGGAAAAGUCGUUGGUGGUGGUGCUAUUUUCGGUGAAUCAGCCGUCGACGGUGUGGCUGCUGCUGCGGCACAGCCGAACCUUUCCCCUAGCGAUCCCCCCACCGCGGACAAACCCCCGCCCAAACCCACCAGCAGCGAAGAUUCCGGCCUGUCGAACAACUCCAGCUCGGCAUCGGCCAGCGAGCGGCCCCAGACGCUGACCAUCACACCGCAUCUCUUUCCCAAGUGCACCAGUACCUGCAGCAUCGUGCUGACGGCGGACUUGCAUCCGGUGCAGGUUCCGGGCGGUGAAGUUCCGACGAUUGUCAGCAAGUGCGCUUCCACCAGCAAGGUGGACAAGUUUACGCUGUUUCCGGAGCAGCCAACUAGGAUCUACGAGGCGAAGGACGCCAGCUGUCAAACCAGUGACAUUGAGGCCGCGCUAGACAAGUUGGUGCGCGCCAGUGGAGAUGAUCUGCGCAAGAAGGUCGCGGAGGUCGCGCCAGCGGAGAAGUACAACUCCUUGACGAGAAAGUCGCCCCUCUCGACGGCGGCGGACAUCAUCUCCCCUAGCAAUACGCUGCAAUCGCAACGGUCCAGCCAAAGGGAAGGCGCUGGCGGUGGUGGAGGUCGGAAGAAGCCCCGGACGGUGCACAUCGACGUGUACUGCACCGGGUCGGACGCGGAAUCUUCGAGCUCGUCGGAUGCGGAGUCUUCGGCGCGAUCCGUGUCUUCCUCGUCCUCUUCCGGCAGUCGGUUCGACACGAGUCACUUUGUGGAGUUGAAGUCGGCAGCGGCUGCGGCCGCUGUGGCUAAUAGCGCAAGUCAUCCGACGGUCUACGAGUCGGAAGAGUGCAAGGUUCGGCACAAGAGGGCUGGGAAGCACGAGGUUCCCAGGAGGUUACUUCAGCAGACUGUGGAUCAGAGUACGUUAUCCACAAUUGGGAGUCUGAAGAAGGCUGGCGGGCAGGGUCGCAAGCGUUGCACUACCAACGAGGAAAUCAACGAAUCCAAACAAAUCUUGUUCAGUCGCAUACUUGGGCAAGCUCCUAAGGAGAUGACCCCCUUCCCGGACGUGGAGUACCUUCCACGCGAUCCUAGCGAUGACAACCUCAGCUCAAACUACCCGUUCUCGAACCGGUCCACCAAGCGGGACAUCACCGGCAGUAGUCUGUCCAGUGCGCUGGCUUCGGGCGGAGGUGACGAGGUCGGAGAUCUGGACGAAGCUACCGGAGGUAUCGUGAAUCUGCACCGCAGCGGCACAACUGCCACGCACUCGGACAGUUUCGAGUACGAAAACAGCGAGGACCGGUAUCGGAUUUACGAGAUGGAAAGCCGUUGGGGCAACCAGAGUUGGAAGUCCCCGUCCGUCGAGCGAAGACUGCUGGAAAUCCACAAUCCUCCGAUUCGUCGCCGAAACAGCGAGUCGGACAAUCUGUCCGAGUCGGACCACAGCUUCGUGUACGACAGUCCGUCCCGGCCGGGGCCCAGCGAGCCCAGCAAUCACUCGCAGGCCGAGUUUAGCGACUCCAGUCCGUCAACCGUGAAGAGUUGUCCCAGUCGAAGUGCGUCGAACGCCAAGCGGAUCCUCCAGCAGGCCCUGCUGAAAGCCGGUGGUGCACCACCGGUAUCAACCCGCGUCUGGUCCCCGGUGGAGGGCUACUCCACGGAGUACCUGGCGCUUGCGCGACGGUUCGGCAGUCUCAUCACCGGCAAGCGGAAACCCGGCGUCCACAUGGGACCGGUCCGGAAUCCGGAGUGCCAGUGCGAGCACUGCCGGCGCUGGGUGGUUGAACGGGAAGGUGGUCUGCGCGAGAGGGCGCUCUCGGUGGACGAUUCGCCGUACAAUAUUGUAGACAUGCGCCGGAAGUACCACCUGCGGAACUACAACCACUCGUCGCUGGCUCCAUUAGCAGUAGUUGAGGACGCUCAAACGCGUCUCUCGGAAUCCUCCCGCAAGCUUGACCUGCUCCGAAAAGCGCUCGAGCUCCGCCGGUUAGAACUCCCGCAAGAUUCGCAAGCCGCGAUCCAGCUCAAAGCGGAACUUCAAAAUGUGCAAGCCUCCAGCCCCGUCCCAGUGCAGUACACCUCCCUUCACCCAUUCCGGGGGACGACGCAGGGCAAACCCGCGCACAGUUUGUCCUUCAGCCGGUGUGCCGCCGUCACGGGGAAGCUCGAGGUACGGCUCAUGGGCUGCCAGGACCUGCUGGAGGACGUUCCGGGACGGUCACGCCGAGACAAGGACUCCGGCUCGAGUCCGGGCGAUUUGAAGAGCUUCGUGAAGGGCGUCACCAGUCGGAGUUCGUCCAAGAGUUACAGUGUAAAGGACGAAACGUCGUCGGAGAUUAUGGCUGUUAUUAAGUUAGACAACAUCACCGUUGGUCAGACCUCGUGGCGACCCUGCUCGCAACAGGCCUGGGAUCAACGCUUCUCGAUAGACCUAGACCGGUCGCGGGAGCUCGAAAUCGGCAUCUACUGGCGGGACUGGCGGUCACUGUGCGCCGUCAAGUUCCUCCGGCUAGAGGAGUUCAUCGACGACAUCCGGCACGGGAUGGCCCUGCAGCUGGAACCGCAGGGACUGCUCUUUGCCGAGAUCAAAUUCCUCAACCCGAUGAUAUCGCGCAAACCAAAGCUCCAGCGACAGCGGAUGAUCUUCAACAAGCAGCAGGUCAAAAACAUCCCCCGCGCCAAACAGAUGAACAUCAACGUGGCCACCUGGGGACGGUUGCUCAAGCGGAACACCGGAUCGUCGGCGGCGGCUGGAACCGCCCAACCAAUGAUCACGACCCCGUCAACGCCCAGCUCCGCCGCCGCACCCUUCGACACCGUCGUGGAACACGACCCCGCGGAAACGCUCGGCGAGUCGGCCGACUUUAACACCAUCGGCCUCGGCGGUGGCAGGCCACUCGGAAUCCACGGCGUAGCCGUCCUGCCGGACAGUCCCUCGACGCACUCGCUCCAAAGUCCGACGAGUCCCCUCACGGCGGCGACGGCGACGGCCGGAAUGCGACCCGGCAGCACACCCGCCAGCUUCCGCCAGAAGAAACCUCCGAUGCCAUCACCACCAUCACAGCAGGCGACGACGACGACGCCGUUGACGCAAUCGGUGACGUCGCCAACGGCCACCGCCGCCAAAAUGGACCAGGAGUUACAAAAUGCGUUGAGGGAGUUUGAUUUCCUGCACAACCAGCAGCACCAGGAGCAGGAGGACGAAAUGGCCCCUCAGUUUGCCACUCAGGCGCCUUCAGAACUGGACGACGAUGAUUACGACGUGCCACCGCCGCCCUUGCCCAAAACGCCCCCACCAAUCUCCCCGACGACUACGCCCCUGCAAAAGAGUCUCUCCGGUGAUUUGCUCCGACCGGUGCUGUCGAUGCCUCCGGUGGUCCUGAUGGGAGGAGUUGGAGCAGGUGCCAACAACAACAGGGACAGCUUUAUUUCGUACACGGCCAGUCCGAUCGUGGAGGAACCGCCGUCACCGGCUCCGGGCGGGUUAGAGUAUCCGGACUUUCGGGACCGGAACCAGCAGCUGGACUACGAUGCGUACACGGUCGAUGAGGACGAUGAUGGUGGCGGAGAAACGUACGACCAGAUUAUCGAGAUUAUCCAACCGUUCGAGCACCUGGGCGUUUCCGGCAAUGUAGUACUACCACUACCACAACAACAACAUCACCACUCACAGGGCGUGGCCACGUCCGCGGCGGCAGCGGCAGCCGCCCUCCAACAACAGCAACAGUACUACCAGCAACAACUCCAGCUCCAGCAGCAACAGCAAGCUGCCCUCCACCCGCAACCGGAUUUGGCCGUGGCCGGUCCGGCGGCUCCGGCGCGACGCCAAGGCCCUGCCCGUGCCCUCCAGUACAGGGACAGUGCGUACGAGAGUCGGCGCCAGUCGCAGGUGGGAGGUGCCGGAAGCGGAGCAGGAAUGCAAAUCGACAGCUUCCGGCUGCUGAGCGUGCUUGGUCGGGGCCACUUUGGCAAGGUCAUUCUGGCGCAGUACAAAAAUACGGGGGAGUACUUUGCCAUUAAGGCGCUUAAGAAGGGCGACAUUAUUGCGCGGGACGAGGUCGAGUCGUUGCUGAGCGAGAAGCGCAUCUUCGAGGUGGCCAACACGAUGCGGCACCCGUUCCUGGUGAAUCUGUUUGCCUGCUUCCAGACGGAGCAACACGUCUGCUUCGUGAUGGAGUACGCCGCCGGCGGUGACCUGAUGAUGCACAUCCACACCGAUGUGUUUGCGGAACCGCGGGCCGUUUUCUACGCGGCCUGUGUAGUCCUCGGGCUGCAGUACCUGCACGAGAGCAAGAUCAUCUACCGCGAUCUGAAGCUCGACAACCUGCUGCUGGACACGGAGGGUUACGUGAAAAUUGCCGACUUUGGUCUGUGCAAGGAGGGAAUGGGCUUCGGUGACCGGACGGGAACGUUCUGCGGUACGCCCGAGUUUUUGGCGCCGGAAGUGCUUACGGAGACUUCGUACACGAGGGCCGUCGACUGGUGGGGUCUCGGCGUGCUGAUCUUUGAGAUGUUGGUGGGAGAGUCACCGUUCCCUGGGGAUGACGAGGAGGAGGUGUUUGAUUCGAUCGUAAAUGACGAGGUUCGGUAUCCGAGGUUCCUUUCGCUGGAGGCGAUAGCCAUCAUGAGAAGGCUACUUCGUAAGAAUCCCGAACGGCGGCUCGGUUCGUCGGAGCGGGACGCCGAGGACGUUAAGCGACAGGCCUUCUUCCGGAACAUUGUCUGGGACGAUCUGCUGCUCAGGAAAGUGAAACCGCCGUUCGUGCCAACCAUUCGCUCCCCCGAGGACGUGUCCAACUUUGACGAGGAGUUUACGUCGGAGAAGCCGGCGCUGACGCCGCCCAAGGAUCCGCGCGUCCUCACCGAGAGCGAACAGACUUACUUCAAGGACUUUACCUACAUGGCGGACUGGUGUUGACAGUAAGCUUGCGUCGUUUUUUUAGUUUCUUUUUUGUUCUUUUUCUGUUUUCUUCCCUAUCGUCUAUUGCGGUCUCCUCCCCUUUGAGCGAGUACUUUUCUUUAUUUUCCUUUUCCGUUCGUUAUCGCUCAAGUGGACUAAUUGGAUAUAAAGCAAACACAAAAAAAAGUAAAAGGUUUGAAGAAAACUGCAUGGGUAGAGAAAACAGUCGUUGUUAUUGAUAUAAAAAAAUACAAACAAAAAACAUGUUAAUAAUAUAUACAAUUACGUAUGCUAAACAGCUGAUUAAACAAAAAAAAACAGCGGCAAAAAUAUACACAAUAGGUGAUAAACAAAACAAAAAAAAGCGAGAGAGUGUGGAGAAACCCCCUUCUACUGCAAGCAGAGAGAGAUUUUUUCUUUAUGAUUUUUAAAACAAAAUUUUACACAACUAACAAAAACAAACAAGAAUGGUCUUCCAAGUGAAUGAAAAAGGUAGCAAAAAAAAAAAAACAAACAUUUAAGAAAGAAGCCAGACAAAGACUAGCAGCAGCUCUAUUUAAGGUUGAAACAGAAGGAAUAAAAUCAGGCUUUAAAGAUGAUUCUUAAGGAUUCGCGUGACGACGACGAGAAGAGUGAUAAAAAAUGCAUCAUCAACAUUUAGAGAGAGGGAAAAGUGAAAAAGAUUUGUUUUCCUUUCUUUUUAUACGAAUUUAAGCUUAACUGUUAAUCAAGCCCCCUCAAAAUCACACAUUUAUGCAGAAGCAGCAGCAGCAAACCGAAAAAGUAAUUGUAAGGUGCCUUUAUUGUUGUUGAAAGCUUGUUGGAAGCAAAGUGGAAUUGAACCCUGCCAAGCAAUGGAUUCGAUUACGUUUCUUUUCUCUUUUCUUCUUUUUCCCCCACUGAAGACAAUCAAAAUUAAAAUACUAAAUCAGCGCCUUCGUUCAGUAACAGUUGCCUUUUUAUUGUAUUUAUAAAACACUGUUUAUUUAUUCUUUUAAAACACGCCGUGAAACCAACAAAAUCACAAUUUAUGCUAGUUUUUUUUCCCCAACUUCCUUUCCUGUAGCCGUAAAUUACGUUACGUUUGCAGUUCAAUUCCAAGAACGUUGCUGAUUUUAAGAAAAUCGCCUCCACCUCCCAAAAAAAGAAAGAAAGAAGAGAUAAAACAGUUGCAUUAAUAUUAGUGGAUUGUGUUUAUAUUAGCUGUAGAAAGAAGCAACGCAAACACACAUACACACACACGCGCGCGCGCGAUAAUGUUAGAAUAUUACAAAACCCUAUCACUAUUAACUACUAUUACUACUACAGAAAAAAAAUGUAUGACUCUAGGCUUAGCGAUAAAACGUAAAAAAAAACAGCAGAAUUAUGUAGAAGCCAAGCUCAGUUGCUGCAAGGAAAGA